AUGUCUCGCACUCCCUUGUCUCUUCACCCGCUCUUCAAAGACGUCGACGUCAGCUUCAUGUCUACCGACGAACGGGUUGCGCUCUCGUACAAGCGCGCUCGUCUCAUCCUCCAGACAUACGACUUGACAUUGGCUGAUGUUCUCAACUACGGAUCCAAAUUUUGGGAUCUUCACCUAGACCCUAUCAUUCCCCUUGACAUCGCCUGCUACACGAUACUGGGUGCUCAUGUCAACUUAACUAUCGGCACUAUCGCGCCAUACGUCAAAGACUGUCCCGCUCUAGAGCCUCUGGUGGACUCUAUGCUUCGUCUCGACACCGUUGGGAUCUAUCUGCUCAGCGAACGUGGUCAUGGUUUGGACUCUUUCAACAUCGAGACUUACGCGACGAGGAUGGAAGAUGGAGGGUAUAUCCUCAAUACUCCGCGAGAGGAGGCGGCGAAGUUCAUGCCAGCCAGCACUCCUGUCUUUGGUGUCCGCAAGGUUGCCAUCGUUAUGGCACGCCUGAUGGUGGACGGAGAUGAUCGAGGCCACCGCUGGUUCAUCGUCCCGAUAUGCGAUGAAUCUCAUCUCUACCCCGGCAUCAUUUCGAAACGCCUCCCCAUGCGUACAGGCACAUCUCCGCUCGAUUUCUCCUUGACGUCGUUUCACAAUGUGCGCCUGCCCGCCAGUGCUCUCCUCGGUUCGUCACUAGAGGCACCUGCGAAACCACUCGAGGCCUGGUGGGGUCAAGUGUGGCGCAUACCCAUAGGCAGCAUGGCGGUCGCAGCGCCAUUCCUCGUUGCGCUCAAGCACACGGCGUACAUCGGUGGCAGGUACUCGCUUUUUCGUACCGUCGCUGGGCGUAAUCCUUCCCCUAUCCCCAUCAUCACAUUUCCUACACAACAGUGGGCUAUACUCAGCGCCGUCGCAACUGCCAAUGUUCUGGAUGCGUGGUUCAAGGCCAUGAUCAGGCUGGUGGUCGACAAAUCGAUCGAUCCUCGCGUGCGCCAUGGUCUCUCUGUUGUAGUCAAGACUACGACUAUGCGCCAUUUCCUGCGCUGUGCCGUCGAGGUCUCUGAACGCUGCGGCGCGCAAGGCACCUUUGAAAGCAACUUUAUGGCACGCGCCAUUUGCGACUGCAAAGGUCUCAUCAUUGCUGAAGGAGACGUUCUCACGCUCUGCAUCCGCUUAUUUUCCGAGCUUCUUCUGAAGCGUUACUCGCUCCCCCUCCCACCAUCUGCGGACUCGCUUCUCGCCAAACACGCCCAAUCCGUGCUCCAAGAUGCCACAGAGCUUGCACAGAAGUGCUCUGGUGGACAUCGUGGACAAGAGUUCCAGUACCUUAUCCUCCCUCAGGCUGAGAGUUCGAUCGCGGCUUUCGGUCACGCCCUGGCAUACGCGGCGGCGCGCGAGGCGGGCGUCCCACAGUACAUGCUUGAUUUGUAUGAGCUGGCUGUCAUGGAGCUUGAUACGGUCUGGUAUUCUCAGCAUGCUGGAGUCACGAAGCUCGAGCAUCUGAAGAGACGUGCGGCUGCGAUGGACAGAGCACUACCCACCCUACAAUCCGAUCUCGAGGAGCUUGGCGUGGAGGACUGUGUGCAGGCCUCAAUCGUCGGGGAAGAGAAGCUGAAGCAGACUAUAGAGCUGCUUCCGACCUAUCGCGGAACUUCCACUGAUGUGUUCAGAGACACGUAUUUGGUUCCGCUGUCCUCUAAGUUGUAA